GAGGUCUCGCGCACGCGCGCUCUCGCUCCUUCCCUUUCCUUCCCUCUCUCUCUCUCUCUCUCUCUCGGCGCCGGCCGCGGCGGGUGGGGGAAGCCGCCGGAGGAGGAGGAGGAGGAGGAGCGCGGAAGGGCGAGCGGAGUUGGGCCGCGCCAGGCCGCGCGGCUGGGGCCGGUCACGGUGGCGGAGCCGGAGGAGGCCGGGCCCCGCCCCGCCCCCAUCCCCCCAGCGGCGGCGGAGGCGGCACAAGCGCGGAGCGGCGCUUCCCCCUCGCCUUCCUCCUUGGCGGCGGCCGCCUCCUCCCCAGCGGGGCCCAUGGAAGGCCUGCCCGUGGAAGUACGGGGCUCCAACGGGGCCUUUUACAAGGGUUUUGUUAAAGAUGUUCAUGAAGAUUCAAUCACGAUAUCCUUCGAGAACAACUGGCAGCCUGAAAGGCAGAUCCCCUUUGGCGACGUUCGGCUGCCCCCACCCGCAGACUACAGCAAAGAGAUUUCGGAAGGGGAUGAGGUGGAGGUUUAUUCCCGAGCCAAUGAGCAUGAACCGUGUGGCUGGUGGCUGGCCAGGGUCCGAAUGAUGAAAGGAGACUUCUAUGUCAUAGAAUAUGCUGCUUGCGAUGCCAUCUACAAUGAAAUCGUCACAUUGGAGCGGCUGCGACCUGUCAACCCCAGCAAAGUGGCCACCAAAUGCAGCUUUUUCAAAUUCACCAUUGCGGUACCAGAGGAUCUCAAGGAGGCCUGCUCAAAUGAAAAUGUACACAAAGAAUUCAAGAAAGCUGUGGGUGCAAACAGCAUCUUCCUCAGUCCCACUAGCAGUGAACUUGUCAUUCUUUCCACAAAUGAAUCCACCGUGAAGAGGGCAUCUCUGCUGGGCGACAUGCAUUUGCGCAGCAUUCGAACCAAGCUGAUGCUGAUGUCCCGGAACGAGGAGGCCAACAAGCACUUGGAGACGAGUAAGCAGCUGGCUUCAGCUUUCCAAGAGGAGUUCACAGUGCGUGAGGACCUGAUGGGCUUGGCCAUUGGAACCCACGGAGCCAACAUCCAGCAGGCCCGGAAGGUGCUGGGAGUCACCGCCAUCGAGCUGGAUGAGGAGACCUGCACCUUUCGCAUCUAUGGGGAGACCCCAGAAGCCUGCAAGCAGGCCAGGAGCUUCCUAGAAUUCUCCGAAGACUCCGUUCAAGUCCCUCGGAACCUGGUUGGGAAAGUGAUAGGCAAAAACGGGAAAGUCAUCCAGGAGAUUGUGGACAAAUCUGGCGUGGUCCGAGUGCGGGUGGAAGGAGAUAAUGACAAGAAGAACCCCAGGGAGGAGGGGAUGGUGCCCUUCAUCUUUGUCGGGACACGGGAAAAUCUCAGCAAUGCACAAGCGCUGCUGGAGUACCAUCUGUCCUACCUUCAGGAGGUGGAACAGCUGCGCCUGGAGCGGCUGCAGAUAGAUGAGCAGCUGCGUCAGAUCGGCCUGGGCUUCCGCCCGCUCUCCAGCCGGCCUGACAAGGAGCGGGGUGGCUACAGCACUGACGAGAGCACCUCUUCCUCCCUGCACGGCACACGGACCUAUGGGGGCAGCUAUGGCGGCCGUGGCCGUGGGCGCAGGGGCCCCAACGCGGGCUAUGCUACCAACUCGGAUGUGUCCAAUGCCUCUGAAACAGAGUCGGAAAAAAGAGAGGAGUAUGACGGUCCCCAGCCCAGUGACCGCGACCCUCACCCAGAGGACACCCGCAGGCGGCCGGGGGUAGGGCGAGGGAGGGGCCCAGCAGCAGCACCUCGUGGCAGCAGCAGCACCAGCAGCAGCACCAAGUACAGCAACUCCUCCAUCAGUUCAGUAUUAAAAGACCCCGACAGCAAUCCAUACAGCCUGCUGGACAACACCGAAACAGACCAGACGGCAGACACAGAUGCCAGUGAAUCGCAGCCAGUCAGCAACCGCCGCCGCCGGUCCCGCCGACGUCGCACCGAUGAGGAUGCCACAAUGAUGGAUGGGGCCCUGGAGUCAGACAGCAUGUCUGUCAGCGAGAACGGUGUGGAGGAGGAGUCUAAACCUCAGAGACGGAAUCGAAGCAGGCGCCGGCGUAACCGUGGCAACCGUGUGGACGGCUCGAUCAGUCGGGACCGCCAACCAGUCACUGUAGCAGAUUACAUUUCCCGGGCAGAGUCUCAGAGCCGUCAGCGCCCCCCAUGCAAAGAAAGCCAGGAGGAGAAGUCAGCUGAGGACAAUGCACCUAAGCAGAAGGUUGAGGCCACCAGCAAGGUUACCAACGGCCCAACAGAGAACGGGGAGCAUGCUGCCGCCAGCAAAGAGGAGGUGGCUGCCAUGGUGAACGGGGUGUCCUAAGCACCCCUCGAGUCGCGGCCGGCUGAACCCUCCUCUUAAAGAAAUGAAACAAUCCCUACUUUUCACCUGCUUGCAACAUCUUAAGAGAAACGAAAUAAAUGCCACACCAAUCUCUUGUUUAAGAACAAAA